UACCAAGAUGCCUCCAGUGGGGUUUGGGGAAUAUCAGUAUAUCAGAGGAUUGCACAUAUCCGAUCUCAAUCCAACCUCCAAUUCCAAAAACAGUUAGAAACCUGGACUCAAUUAUAAAGAGGACCUGCCCCAAAUCCUCACAGCCGAAGCCAUGCAUCCCUCUCGUCUCAAUAGUAACAGUCAACAUGUCACAAGUGCAGGCAAAUGUCGUGCUAAACCAACCCAGUCUGGCUGGAUCAAAGAAACGAACUCGGUCGGUCGAGCAAAGCAACUCUGCUUCAACAACCCUCAGUAGCAUCGCGUGUAAAAGGUGUCGUCAGCGAAAGGUCAAGUGUGAUGGGGAGUAUCCGUAUUGUUCUGGAUGCGUAAAAGCAGACGUCGUUUGCAUCAUCGCAGAUGGGUCCGCUUCACGAGACUACACGCGAGAAGAAGUGCACCAUCUUGAAGAAAAACUCCAGGCCCUUGAAAAGCUGUUGUCAUCUACCAGGGUGUCCGACAGCGAUGUCCGCAGCAUACCCAGCUCAGUAGGAAAUAGGCACACCAGGACCCUCGCUGUCCAGUCGUCGGGUGCAAAUAAAAGCAAUAGGCUUCUUCACCCGACGCUAGAACACCUGAGAAUGCGAUCCCAAAUAUCAUUCAACAAGCUCCUCAAUCCCCAGUUGCCACCUUCAUCCAUCUUUUACCACUCCCCACACCGGAUUCCCUCGAAUGAUGCUGCACUAACUGCAAUUGGCGAAUACUUUCUUGAGUUCCACGUGGCUCAUCCAUUCUUGGAUCGAAACCAAAUCCUAUCCACACUCUCAUGUCAACCAGGCCCAUCCUCUACUCUAGCCAGACCGGAAAAACAGCGUCUGUUUAAACUCAAUAUGGUAUUGGCCAUUGGCAGUAUCAAAUCCUUUCGGAGCGGUUUGAGCGACCUUCACCCAUUUGGGUUUUUCACGGCAGCUUUAGAAGCUUGCCCCCCGUCGGAGUCUUCAUUCGACUCAAUCGAGGACAUAGAGAUGUUGUUGCUUAUUGCGUGGUUUGGAGUUUAUUACAAUAUUGGUUGUUCUAUUUGGGAGCUGGGACGGCUUUGUGUCCGAAUAGCCAUCGAGCUGGAACUUCAUCGGAUUCGUCCAGCAACUCGAACAAUCUCCUUAGCGGGUGCUCAAAGGCGCCGUAUUGUUUUCUGGGAAUCUUACGUACUGGAUCGAUUCUCAUCAUCCAUACUUGGCCGCCCCUUCGCGAUCGAUGAUUCGUCUAUACACAUAGAACUUCCGAUGCAACAUCUGGACACGUCGGCAUGUGUUGGCUCCAGUCUGGCAGUUUUCAAUACGCUGGCCAUGUUAGGCCAGUUGAGGUCCAGGAUCCACUGUUCCAUUCACCACAAGAACAAUGCAAUGGACACCCCAGCCGCAGCUACUAAUCCCAUCUCAGAGCGAAAUGCAAACAUCGCCAAAGUGUACCUUCAGGUCCGAACCUUUACGACUGAAUUACAGGCGUGGCGUCUAAGCGCCCCGUUCUUCGACCAGCCGUCAUGUUUGUUCGAGACCCAAGGCUACUUUGACCUGUCAUAUCAAGAAACUCGCCUCUGGCUGAUCCGAGCUGCAUUAGACAGCUUGGUACCAUCCUCGACCCCCCCUAGUGGUCUUUUACGAGCUUGUCUACAGUCAGCCUACAACGUCGUUGCUACUUUUGAAGGGUUGCGAAAGAAGGGCCUCGUCACUUUUACUCGAUCAUACGCGCAUGGCAUUUUCAUUGCGGGCUUGGUAAUCGGAAUUAUCACCAAGACCCAGCUUCAUCAACAUAAAGAGAGAAAUGAGCAUGCAUCCAUGGUUGAUGUUGAUGAGUGGUUUGCAGAUCUCGAGGACGACUCUUACAAACCCACGUUAGACGACGCGUUAGAAUCUCUUCGUGUUUCGGGCGAGCUUUUACACUGGUUUGCGGAGCAGAUGCCGGAUGUUGAUAUUUAUUCUCAGUCAUUCGAAGCACUAAGGCAUGAGAUUCGGAAAUCCAACACCGAUACAUAUGAAGGGCAGCCGAGGUCACCGAAAGAAAGGCCGGAAGGUCUCUCGACACAGCAUCUACAAGGAACACACGAGGGCGGCGGAGGACAACCGGAUUUACCCAGUUCGCAUCAAACUAAUCACCAUUCGAUGAACAUUGCUGGUGUUCAAGACCUUGCCCAGGCGGGGCGCUCGGGUCCUGAAAGUUGGUCGUUAUUUGAUCCAGGGGUGAACAUGAACGAGCUAUUUUCAGAACCAUUUCAUGAAGAGCGCCUACAGGUUGCUGGAAAUGACGCACAUACUCUUCAGGCCAUGUCAUGGCCGUUUUCGUCAGUAGUUGGGAUAGAGGGCCUCGACUGCGGGAUCUCAGAGUACAUUUGGGACAUGAUACCGCCAUGGCAAGAUUCCCCGUCUGCAUCGAUGGAUAGCCACCACUAA